CACUUUGCCCCACACAAGCCUUCCUCCUUCACUUCCCUCACUCCCUCGAAACCCUAUAACUUUCCCUGCUUCACUCGUUCUCUCUUUCCUUUGCCCUGCGCUCGAAAAUGGCCGGAAACAACAGCUUCAUGACCAGCCUACUUGCCCUCCUCGACGACGACAAGUUCAUGAAAGAUGUCGCCAGCAAGCCAAGCAGGGGGCCAGAACCAUUUAAUGUCAAGUAUUACUUGAAUCUCGUCGAGAAAAUCCUCAACCAAGCCAUGGCCAUUGUGGAUGACGUUGCUAAGAACACUCGGCCAAAGGGUGACCAAUGUCAAAGCAAAAGCUCAAGCUCUCUUUCUAUGGAAGAUUCUAUUCCUUUGUCAUCCACCAUCAACCAACUAUGCUAUCAGAUUACUUGCAAGGCCCGAGCCAACGACUUGCAGCAAACAAUGGCAUCGCUUCUCAACAUGUUGUCAUCCUUUUCAUGGGAUGCCAAAGCUGUGCUGACACUCUUAGCUUUAUCAGUGUACUAUGCUGAGCAUUGGCGGCUUGCUCAAAUUGAAGAGUCAGACAACCUCUUAAGCUUAACGGCCAGGUUGAGAGGGUUGCAUGCAAUUGGUAAGUCAUCCGACACGCAGCGGAUCAAGGCUUUGGUGGCGCUGAAUGAUCUGAUCAAGGUGACUCUGGAGUUCACAAAGUGUGCUGUUGAGUUUGUGAACUACUCCAAUGAUUUUGGAGAACACUCAGCAUCAAUCGACACAUCAGCCCGUUUUUAUUACAUCAUUGUCAUUGUAAUUGGCUGCGCAGUUCAGUUCAGUGGCAUAAUUAGCAUGAGCAAUGAGUUCCUAGGGCAGGAUCUGUGGACCUUCUCGGACCGGGUUAGGACGAAAUAUGAAUCCUUCAAGAAAGAAGUGGAGAAUCUCAGAGAAAAGCACGCGGUGCAAAUUUCAUAUGAGAAGAUAAAGAAAAUUUCCAAAGAUUGUACUGAUGUUGUGGAGCUUAUGGCCGCACUGUUUUGCACCAAGUACGACUUGUCAACAGUAUAUCAAUGUUGCAAGAAGACAACGGUAAAGGUGGACAAGUUCAAGGACAAGAUCGUGAUGCUGCUUAUUUCGGACUUGGACUUGUUGGGCGAAGAUCUAGACACCCUUACCAGCAUCUACAAUGAGUGCUCCUUCCAUGGUAGCAACUACAAAAUCAUGUGGGUUCCUAUCGAGGAGGAACAUAACGAGGUGACGCAGAAGAAGUUCCUGGACAAGAGGUCCGAGAUGCGCUGGUACACAAGCAACUCCAUGGUCAGCAAGCCAGCAGCAAAGUUCAUCCAGAAGAAGUGGCAAUUCCAGCAUCAGACUAAGGUUGUCGUGCUGAACCAACAGGGGAAGGUGGUGAACAUGGAUGCGAUGGCGAUGAUACGCAUUUGGGGACGGGAAGCCUUCCCGUUCACAGAGUCGAAGGGCCAGGAACUCUGGAACAGGCAAGGGAGCAACUGGUUCAAGCUCGUGGUGAACAACACGGUCUUUCCUUAUGUCGAACGAGGCUUUGAAGACGGGGAGCUCAUGAUCUUGUACGGCUCGGCUGAAGAAACCCAGACUGUCCAAAAAGUUGAAAAAUACCUGAGCGAGAUCGAGAGCCAUUUCGACUUCUACAGGCGCCUCAAAGUCAGCACCAAGAGAGAGCAAUUCCUGACCCGCCUCGAGAGCUGCCUCUACUUGAAGAUGCAGGCGAGUUCGGACGUCUACGAUUCCCGGGCGCAGGGGCUGCUCGAGCUCUACACCAGCUACAAGCAGUGCGGUGGGUUCGCCGUCAUCGCGAGAGGGUCGACCGUGGUCGUCAACACUUGUCUCCCGGACUUCGAGGCGGUGCUGUCGCAGCACCGGGAGUGGGCGACUCAGGCUGCCACAGCACAGGCUUUCGAGGCCGUCUUCAAAGCGUACUACGAUGAGGUCGUCAAGAAGCCGCACUGCCACCGUUUCUAUAUCCCCAGUGCCGUCGGCAACAUGCCGGAGUGCGUCAAGUGUGCCAAGUGCUCUCGGUACAUGAAGGCCGCCGUCACGUUCGAGUGCUGCCAUGGUGACCAGCCGAUGAUGCCAUCUUACCCCACGCCUCCGUACGGCGCUCGCACAUUUGGAGACAGUGCCGUCGCAGCAGCACCAGAAGCGGGCGACUCAGGCACAGGCUUCCCAGCCAAAAUGCCAGUACCCCCAAUGCUGUUACCUUCCAGUGCUGCCAUGGCGAGCCGAUGA